AUGGGAAACUGUUCCGCAUCAUCAUCAGUAGAAUUGCCGGCGACUGAAUCACAACAUAUUCAAACUGAAAAUCAAAGUAAAAAUGAAAAUGAAAUAAAUGUUAAUCUAGAACGUGUCAAAAAAGAAUUCGAAGCUAAAUAUGUACAACCAUUGAAACAAACAGUCAAGGUAGAAGACUUUCAAUUGGGACGAACCAUUGGCAUGGGAAUGUUUGGUCGUGUCAGAUUGGUAAAACAUGGAAAUGAAUCAUUAGCAGUAAAAAUCAUGGAAAAACGUGUCAUUGUCGAACUCGGACAAGUCGAAAAUAUUCUAUCCGAGAAACGUAUUUUACAAGCAAUCAACUUUCCAUUUAUUGUUAGCUUAGUCUAUUCAUUCAAGGAUAAUUCUUAUUUGUAUUUAGCAUUUGAGUUUGUCAGCGGAGGUGAAAUGUUUGUUCAUUUAAGGAAAGUGAACAAGUUUUCAGAAGAUCAAGCACGAUUUUAUGCUGGACAAAUUGUACUUGCCUUGGAAUAUUUACACGAUUCGAAUAUUAUCUAUAGAAAUUUGAAAGUAGAAGAAAUUCUCUUUGCGGCCGAUGGUUAUUUGAAGCUCGCUGAUUUUGGACUGGCUAAAGUUGUGAAAGAUCGAACCUAUACACUAUGUGGAACGCCUGAGUAUUUGGCACCUGAAAUCAUCACGGGUAUUGGUUAUAAUAAAAGUGUCGAUCAUUGGGCAUUGGGUAUCUUGAUAUAUGAAUUCACUGCGGGUUUUUCUCCAUUUCAAGAUGAAGAUCCAAUGAGAAUCUAUAGAAAGAUUCUUCAAGGCACAAUUGAAUAUCCAGAGCAUGUUUCACUUAAUCUUAGAGAUUUAAUAAAGAAAUUACUUCAACCUCAUCCAGCAAGGCGUUAUGGUAAUUUACAAAAUGGUGAAAAUGAUAUAAAAAACCAUCAAUGGUUUUCCUCGAUUGAUUGGGUUGAAUUAUUUAAAAAAAAUAUCAAAGCAUCCUAUGUACCAGAAGCUGAUAAAGACCACUAUGAAACAUACGAUGAAAACGAAUUGAUACAAGCCGAAACCGAUCAGUAUCCAACUGAAUUUGAUAGUUUUUAG